CUUCCCUCUUUGACGCCGCUUCUGGAGGGGUCCCAGAAUGCAGCUCCUCCAGCUUCAAGCCAGCCCGGGCUCAGUGAUGGGAAGGGCUGCCCUGCGCCAGGAGGAGGCUAGUUAAGAGGGGCUCCUCUUCUCCCGCCCUCCAGGGACCAAGCCCAGGCCUCUGGAAGCCCACCCUCAAGACGGUGAGGCAGCGGGUUCCCCAAGGCCUGGCAUGUGGAGGUCUCCUCUCGUUCUCCUAAAUUGUGGGCGAUCGAUGGCCCUGGCAGCCAGCAGCCCCUGAUCAUCUUCACAGUGAAUUUGCCCAGUUGCCCUUCAGGAGAGCUUCUGGGGGCAAGAGAUGCCAUGGCUUCUAUACAAAUGCCGCACACCUAUAGAAUUAGGGUCUUUGGCUCCUCUGAGCUGGUUUUCUUCAUCCAAAUUUCCAGCAGCCGGGCCAAAAUCAGAACAGGGCCGAAGACUUUUGGCCAAGAACUUGGGGUGCAGUAAGAUGAUUUGCUAAUGGGAAGAGAGAACUUUGCUUGGAGAAAAAGACCCUCAAGAGAGCCCCCUGAGUUUCAUAGCAGGCACACCAAAAAGAGUUGCCUUCCUGGGUGUCAAUUAGGCUGCAGAAUUGCACAAAAGUGUGAGGCAGGUGGGAACCAGGAGUGGAAUUUGUGCAACUGGACCCCAAGCUCAGAUUUUGGAGCUGAACGAGGGGCCUAAGGCACUUGUUCCUUCACACAUCUCUCCCUGCGAAGUUCCUGUUUUUGCAACUGGCUCCCUCUCUGGUCCACCCAGAAAAAGAGCUGAGAUCUCCAACACCCACCGGGGCUGAAGCUGGGCUACCCCAGGAAGGCCAAUGCCAGCCGAUGCUUUUUUUCUGAAACAUGGAGGAUCUCCUGUUGUAUUGCAUCCCCUCUCCAGGAUCGGCUCUGCCACCAGCCAGCUUGGCCCAGGGUUGACCGCGCUAGCCGCAGUAUUCUUCCUCUGUUGCCUUUCUGGGGACGCCCCACCAUGAAGCUGAACGAACGGAGCCUCUCUUUCUACGCCACCUGCGACUCUCCCGCCGACAAUGCCGGCUUCCUCCACAAGAAGGGUGAGCGCAACACGGCCUACCACCGGCGCUGGUUCGUGCUGAAGGGGAACAUGCUCUUCUACUUCGAGGACCGGGAGAGCCGGGAGCCGGUGGGCGUCAUCAUCCUGGAGGGCUGCACGGUGGAGCUAUGCGAAGCCACCGAGGAGUUUGCCUUCGCCAUCAAAUUCGACUGCCCCAAGUCCCGCACCUACGUGCUGGCGGCCGAGAGCCAGGUCGCCAUGGAGGCCUGGGUGAAGGCUCUGUCCCGGGCCAGCUUCGGCUACCUGCGCCUGGUGGUGAGAGAACUGGAGAAGCAGCUGGAGGAGAUGCAGAAGGCCUCCACUGGCUCCCACCAAGUCCAGAGGAGGCGGCUGCUUUAUCGGAAAAACAAAACGGCUCCCAAUUUGGAACUGGCCGCGCUAGGCUCAGCCCUGCCGCAGGAGAAACCGGCGCUUCCCAUUUGCAUCCCUGGGAAAGAAAACGGCUGCGCCUUGUGGAAUAACUCUGAAGCCUCCGCCAGCCUGUCGCCUGGAUGCAGCCAGACAAAUUCACGCAGCGGGACCAAGAGCUACGAGGGAGGGCUCAAGCCGCCGCCGUUGCCGCCUCGGAGACGGUCCCUUCCCAACAACUCCUGUGGGGCCGGUGGCCCCAGCUUUGACAGCCCCGUGUAUCCCAGCGCAAUGUGUUUUUCCAAACUCCACAGUUGGUACGGCCAGGAGAUUCUCGAGUUGCAAAGGGCAUGGCUGGAGGGUCACCAGGAGAGCAGCCUCUGAACCUCCUCAGGGCAGAGAGGCUCUUCCUGGAAAAACUUAACCAGGCUGAAACUCAGCCAAGCGUGAAAACCCACCACUGCUGUCUUCUUUGACUCAAGCGUAGCUGCUGGAAACUUUGUUUUCAGUCUGCCGAUAAUACACUCCAUUUCCUUCAUGCUGCAGCCUGGUUCGUGGAAAAAUCGUGGCUGGUGCCAGCUCAAAUCCUCCCACCGCCUCCAAUAAUCAUCCCCAGAUUUAGCUUUUGUUCCUUGUGGCCUUACCCCUUCCUCAGCAGGAAUAACUUUCUAGUUCCUAGAAAACCCCAACAUUAAAGGAUCCUGAUGAGAUUUGGAUUUGUUGGAAAUGAGAAGGGGCUUCCCCUGAAAACAUUCGCAGCCCCCAGCAGGCAAACUAAGGGAAGUGAGCUGAGAGCCUCUUUCCAUCAUGGGGUACACAGAGGGUUGUUUCAAUUAAGCCUUUUUUCCCUGCUAACCGAUCAAGUUGCCUGGUGACUUCUGGCCACUGACAAACCCUUGACAAUCCAUAGUUGGGCACACCGGAGCAUGCGAUGAUGGGGUGAGAGAAAAACCACAUUUCCUGCUGUUCGUGGCAGGAUCCAAAUCUUCAUAAGGCAAUUGAUUCGGCUUGGCCAAGCGCCCAGGUUUUGAAGGGAAAUGAGACAGCUGCGAGGCCCCGCCUGUUUCUUAACUUAGGGCAGGAUGAAUUUGGAGAAAGCCAAAGUCAUUGUUUGGGGCUGUCAAGUGGAAUUGAGCUAAGUGUGGCUUUGCGCAUCUUGAAAAUCCCAUUGUACAAAUCAGAUGCCCAACCUCGUUAUGAAGGAAGGAAGGAAGGAAGGAAGGAA